GCGGGAGCGCGCAGUGUCGCGAACGCGCACUCACUCACCCACAGAGACAGACUGCGAUUGGAAGCGCGAGGCGGUUCAGAUCGUGUGUUGUGUAUUGCAGACGCACAGUAUCUUUUCACGCAAGUGCCGAGGACCGCAAGGGAAAAGUUUAUUUCAAAGACUCUCCAACUAACGGGCAUGACCGCUCCCAGAUCCCCCUGAACGCCAGAUGAGCAAGAGAUGUGGAUCCACUUACAGUCUGGCUUCUGAAUAACGCUCGGACAGAUUGAGCCAUGACAGAACGGGAUGGCCGCUGUGAUUUUUCACUCACCCCGGGGCAGGUAUAUAUCGAGGUGGAGUACGAUUAUGAGUACAAGGUGAAAGAUAGACUCAUCUCCAUACGGCAGGGAGAAUGCUACAUGUUGGUUUGCAAAACCAAUGAGGACUGGUGGCAAGUUCGUCGGGAUGAGGGCACCAAGGCUUUUUAUGUUCCUGCUCAGUACGUCCGAGAAGUCCGGCGCGCCCUUAUGCCGCCACCCAAACCUCGCGCGAAGCCCCCCAAUGUUCUUGAAAUCGGCCAGUGCCGAUCGUCGAAUGAAAAUCUCAACCAACGCGCUCCUACGGAAAGGUACAGCUUCAGCAGGCCAUCUCCUUCGACGACGCCUUCCCCGUUACCAGGUCAACAGACCUCGCCUUCGUUGUUUCGGGACACCAAUCAGAACCCGGGGAUGAAGAGCGUUGUUGCCCAGCUCACUCUGCUUAACAACAACAACCAUCAUUGCUAUCACCAUGGCAACCCCACAGUUCCACAAGGGCGAGCGGAAUCCCCUCCACGAGAGCAAGGCUGCCAGAGGAAGCUCCCAGGCGGCUUGUCGGUGGACACGGACGGAAGCGUGUCACCAGCAGAUGGGUUGGAGAAAAUGAGAAAUGACUCUGAAUCUGGAGAUGAGCUCAGCAGCAGCUCUACCGAACACAUACAGGGCAUAUCACCCACCGGACAGGGUCGACCCGAGUCCCCCGUUUACACCAACCUCCAGGAGUUAAAGAUCUCUCAGUCGUCUCUCCCUCCCGUUCCCUCUUCCUCCCCUCUGCACGUCCUGGGCGACUGGGAAACGCACAAAGAUACGAGUGGAAGAAACUUCUACUACAACCGCAUGACUCAGGAGAGGACCUGGAAACCACCGCGCUCACGAGACAGUCGUGGGGACACUGGAGGGAACCCUGGAGACAUGGAGCAGCAUUUGUCCUCUGAGGAGAACUGUCCCAGCACACGCUCCAGUCAGUCAGACAGUCAGUACGGAUCGCCCCCUAGAGGCUGGUCUGAGGAACUGGAUGAACAUGGCCACACACUCUAUGUGUCUGAACACACUAAUGAGAAGUGGAUCAAGCAUGUGGACGAACAAGGGCGGCCGUAUUACUACAACGCUGAUGGAUCACGCUCAGAGUGGGAGUUACCAAAAUAUAAUCUCUCUCCUCCGAUCUCUGGAGAAGCUCCUAAGAGUCACAGUUUGGAAAGGAAGCAGCAGGAGCCCAUUGUUCUGACCAAGUGGAGACACAGCACCUAUGUUCUGGACAUCAAUGAGAAGCUUCCAUUCAAAAACAGAUGGUUCACCGUGAGCCGCCUCCCCAGGGGCUUCGGCCUAUCACUGUUCAGAGAACCCUCAGAAAAGUGCGGUGUUCUCAAUGUCACCAAGAUCACCGAACAUGGCAAGAAAGUCAGGAAGAACUGGGCCUCUACCUGGACUGUCCUGCAGGGAACCUCUUUACUUUUUGCAAAGGGUCAGGGCAGUGGCACCAGCUGGUCGUACUGCCGCAAUGGUUCCUUUCCUGAACUCCUCCUUUCAUUGCUAAGUAACUGGAAGCAUUCGAUUAAGCCCCGCCCCGCGGUGCCCUAUACAAACUGUAGACGCAGCCGGGCUUCCUCUUUUGGAGGCUACCAGUCCAAACCAGAAUUCACAGUGGACCUGCGAGGAGGUUCGGUCGACUGGGCAUCCAAAGAAAAGUCCAGCAAGAAACAUGUCAUCGAGCUGAAGACACGAGUGGGCACAGAGCUGCUGAUCCAGUCUGAGAUUGACACUGUUAUUAAUGAAUGGUUCAGAGCGCUUUCUGAGACCAUCAACACACAUGCUUGGGAGUCUGAUGAGGCCAUUGAAGAGGACAUGCCCGAGUCUCCCGGUACUGAGAAACACGACAAAGAGAAAGACCCCCGAGACUCAAAGAAAAACAGAGUGAAGAACUCCAGUUUGGAUUCGUCUGAGCAGAAGAAGACCAGAGUCAAACUGAAGAAGUUCCUCACACGGAGACCCACCUUGCAGGCUGUCAGGGAUAAGGGCUACAUAAAAGAUCAGGUGUUUGGCUGCAGUUUGACUGCCCUGUGUCAGAGAGAAGGCACUUCCGUACCUCAUUUUGUCAAGAUGUGCAUCGAGCACGUGGAGAAUACAAGCUUGACUGUUGAUGGCUUGUACAGAGUCAGUGGAAACCUGGCUGUCAUACAGAAACUGCGCUUCGCAAUCAAUCACGAUGAAAAGGUGGAUCUGGAAGACAAUAAAUGGGAGGACAUCCACGUGACUACAGGUGCUCUGAAGAUGUUUUUCCGGGAGCUUCCAGAGCCUCUGUUCACUUACGCAUCCUUUAAUGACUUUGUUGAAGCCAUCAAACACUCAGAUUACAAGCAGCGAGUCCAGUCCAUAAAAGACUUGCUCAAACAGUUGCCAAAACCCAAUCAGGAAACAAUGAAAGUGUUAUUCAAACACCUGAAAAGAGUGAUAGAUCAUGGCGAGGUGAACAGGAUGACUACCCAGAGCGUGGCUAUCGUGUUCGGCCCGACCCUGCUGCGGCCGGAGAUCGAGACGGGCAAUAUGGCGGUUCACAUGGUCUAUCAGAACCAGAUUGUAGAACUCAUCCUUCUAGAGUAUGAGAACAUUUUUGGCAGGUAGAACAUCUCUGAGUGACACCACCUGAGAAUCAGUUCAGAGAACACGAUGCCAGAAGUUUAAUAUCUUUACUAUCCAUCACCCAAAAAUUGCACCACCGCUGUGGACCAAGCUUAAUAGAGUAUAUAAACAAACCUGAGUGGAUCUACUGUGACAUAUGACUGGAUAUAAGCGAAGAAAAUGAAUACAGAAAGGUUCUUUAUGCACUUAAUAUUUUUUGAAGUUUUGAGGAUUUACUUUUUUUUUUUGGGAUCGUCAUUCCUUGGCUUAGAAUAAGCUUGAUGGACCUUUGGACAAUUAUGGAUGGUCAACAGUCUCCAUUAUGCACUCUUUUUUUUUUUGAGAAAUGGGAAUAUUUCUAAUAAUUGGACACUGGAAUGGACUUUAUCUUGGCCAGUAUUGACGACUAGAAUGAAAGCGGACGCUUUCAAGUCUCACCAGAUUGAGUUCUUUGCAGUGAAGUGUACAAAAGUAAAACUGAUUGUGCGGUUUGAUUUAUUCAGACACGUAACUGACUUGUAUCUGGCCUCCCGAGGGCUCAGAGUUUUUGUUUUCUUCAUUUUUUUUCCUGUGGAAUAAGCUGAAAGUGCACUGUAUUAGGAAACAGUAUUAUUUGACAAUGACUACUGACCUGCGGAUAGUGGGGUCGAUUUAAUUGGACAAUGAUUAAUAGUCAGUAUUAGGACAGGAAUCCUGUUUCAAAUCGGAUAGACUCUUGUUUUGUUUUUUUCUCCAUAUCCACCCAUGUUUGCCCUCCAUCCACACCUCCCGGAAAAGUUUACUGGAAAGACCGUGCGCCUUUUUCCUUUAGGACUUCAUGCGACUGGAUAACAGACAUGCUCAUCACAUCCUUUUAAUGAGAAGACCCUCCCUUUAAUGAAAUAUCAAGACUUUCACGUGUUUGAGGUCAAGCCUGUGUUGUUUCCUUGAAAUAAAUGGCCGUGUUGUGCUGAAUUGUGUAACAGUAUGCAGAGAACCAGAUUGUUUUUCAGAUGUGAAGCCAAUGUGUCGUGUUGAGCUCUCAAGAACAGUCAGAGAUCUCGUCUCUAACCCGUGUAGCUCUCAAGGCUUACAGGAAAAAGAAAGGUGAGAUGCUUAGAUCGGCAUUUAGGCCUUACAUGGUUUCAGAUCAAUACAGAAUAUUCAUCUCCUGUUUCCUGCUCUGGCCCUCGAUGGAAAGGAGCUCGAUAACAAAUGGACAGGAUGGUACUGGAAGUAGUACUGCGGUUAGUGUUAACUGAAGGUACGCAUGGAAAACGCAAUCUCGGUCUUGUUUUUAACCAAAUUCAGAAAACAUAUGUACAGAUUAAUUCAAAAAGAACUUGAACCUGUUGUACAAAAAAAAAAAAAAUGCCAUUAAUGAAGUGUGAUGAAGUUGUGUGUCAAUCAAUAACAAGUGAAAAGAUCUAAUUUUGUUGAUGUACAGAUGAAGGAUAUGAGUAUUAGGUGGGACGGGGCAGGGGUGAUGUCAUCACGGAUUUGUGAGCUGCACACUUUGAAUGUAAUUUUCAGACUAACUGCUGUUUCUGAAAUUGACGUCUAAUCCUUAUUAAAAAAGACAAAACUCAUGGAUAAUAUUAAAGUGAUGAUGCCUGA